UGCCUCACUCUACCCUCCCUCUCUCUCUCUCCGACGAAGAGGACGCGACCUCCCAGUCGCUCUGUGCCUCUUUCCGACCGGCGAACCACCGCCAGCAACCGACGAACCACCGCACCGGACCGGCGAGAGGACCGCGAGAUCUAGCUCCCUCCCUUUGCCCUCCCUCUUUCCGACCAGCGAACCACCGCACGGACCGGCGAGAGGACCGCGACCUCCCUCUCUCUCUCUGCAUUCCCUCUUUACGACCGACGAACCACCGCACGGGCGAGAGGACCGUGAGCAAUCGACGAACCACUGCACGGGACUGGCGAGAGGACCGCGACCUCCCUCUCUCUCUGCCCUCCCUCUUUCCGAUCAGCGAACCACCGCGAGCAAAUCAGAUGUUUUUGUAGAGAUCGCCCAUCGUCGCCUUCAUCUUCUUCCCUCUUUUUUUUUGUUGUGUUGUUUUUUUUUUCCCCUAGUGUUCUAAUGGUGGAUCUGGAGUUGCAUAUGAAGGACGACGUGAUGUCUCACAUCAACCUCGACGGCUUCUUCGGCAACCUCCCUGAGAUCGGCGACGUCAUCGGCGCUUACUCCUCGACGAUCGCGUCGUCGUCGUCUCCAGACUCGGGGCUCUCGUGGUUCGACGAGAUCGAGAACAUCUUGAUGAAGGACGACGAUGUCCACGUGCUUGCUAAGCCGGGGGCUGAACGGGCCGAGCCGGAGGGACUCGAGCUUCCCGCGGACCUCCGCUUCCCCGGCCCCUCGCCGCUGGCUUCUCCCCGCCUCCUGCAAGAUGCAGCAGCGCGGCCUCAGGUGCUCCGCCAGCUGGCUGAUUUCCUCGGUUUCCAUGGCGCGCGCUUAUCAUGGGCAUUGGAGGCAAAUGACAUGAAUUGUUUCAACAUCCAAUUUCAGCUGGAUUUAGUCUUUGGAGAUUUACUAAAUGAAAGAGGCAGGUUGCUUUCAACAUCCUCACCCCUGGAGGAUUUGUCCACUCGAGGAUCCAAGUGCUGCAGAACCUGUUCGAAAGAGGGUAACUGCGAUCAUCGAAAUGUAUUUGAGAUGCAAGAGAAAGAACUUUUGGAUCUUAAAACUUUGUUGUUGAAGACAAAAAGGGAGUUUGAAGAUCUGCAGUUCCAGUUUCAGAGAGAUCUAAAACAGCUAGGCAAUCAAGUCCAGGAGAUGUCUACUGCUGCCCUUGGAUAUCAUAAAGUGGUGAAGGAAAAUCGAAACCUGUACAACAUGGUUCAGGAUUUAAAAGGAAAUAUACGAGUAUACUGCAGAAUUAGAUACAUUUUUAAUGCGGAAGCCAAAAAUGUGGUAGAUUUUAUUGGAGAAGAUGGUUCACUUGUGAUUGUUGACCCUUCAAAACCCCAUAGAGAUGGAAGGAAAGUGUUUCAGUUUAAUCGGGUUUUCAGUCCACUUGCUACUCAAGAUGAUGUGUACAUGGAUACUCAACCUUUGAUUAGAUCAGUGAUGGAUGGUUACAAUGUCUGCAUCUUUGCUUAUGGUCAAACUGGAUCGGGUAAAACACAUACAAUGAGUGGUCCAUCAGGCGAACUGACAAAGGACAUGGGGAUUAAUUACUUGGCUCUCAACGAUCUCUUCGAGUUGUCUAACAGAAGGAAGGACAUUAUAACUUAUGAUAUUCAUGUUCAGAUGGUUGAAAUAUAUAAUGAGCAAGUGCGUGAUCUCCUUGUUGAGGAUUCAGCAUCCUCAAGAUUAAAGAUUCGAAGCUGUACCAGUGACGGUGGCUUGAGCCUUCCAGAUGCUACCAUGCAUUCUGUCAAGUCCACAGCUGAUGUGGUCAACCUAAUGAAAUUUGGUGAUGUGAAUCGUGUCGUCAGUUCUACAGCACUGAACAAUAGAAGUAGCCGGUCUCACAGUGUGCUGACAGUAGAUGUUCAAGGGAAAGAUGUAUCUGGAUCCAUCCUCCGCAGUUGCCUGCAUUUGGUUUUUCAAUAA